AUGCAAUCACACUGCCUCAUAUUAGUCUGCGAUGGACUGUACAUCCAGACCACCACGCUGACCAUCUCCAUGAACCUGAGUGCGUCCGUGGCCCUGGGGAUGCUCUACGUGCCUAAAGUCUACGUCAUCAUCUUCCACCCAGAGCUGAACGUGCAGAAGAGAAAGCGCUCCUUCAAAGCCGUGGUCACCGCCGCCACCAUGUCCACGAGACUGUCCCACAAGACCAGCGACCGGCCCAACGGCGAGGCCAAGACCGAGCUUUGCGAGAACGUUGACCCCAACAGCCCAGCUACAAAGAAGAAGUAUGUGAGCUACAACGACAUCGUGAUCUAA